AUGGUGGGUGUACCGCGCAGUAAAGGCUGUCUAGCCUGCGUCCGAAGACGAAUCAAGUGCGAUGAAAGACGCCCAGGGUGCGACCGGUGUGAGAAGAAAGGUUCAUCAUGCCCCGGGUACACUAGGGACCUGAAAAUCAACUUCUAUACGAAUCCUCGCGCCGUUGGAAGCUACAAAGCAGGAAUCGAAUCAACUCCUGAUCAGCACCCACACGUGUUUGCUGGUGGGUCAUCCAUCGAUGGAGCAGUGGCGCCAAGCUUAGCCAGUGUGGCCAUAGCUGAACAGUACCGUGAAGCAUUCUGUGGUUUCGUGGAGGCCAAUUUUCUAGGCCUGUUCUACGGCUACAGCACCCGUGUUGGUACGAAUUGGUUUGAUGUAGUUCAUAACUACAGGGAUACGGCUGGAAAGGCACUGGAUUUGUGUCUACGUAGCCUUGGUGCUCUUCAUAUCGGUCGCUCACUCGGGGAUGACCGACUGGGCCUCGCUAGUCGGGAGAUGUACGGCCAGGCAUUGAACCACUUAGCACGUACCUUGAGAAAUCCGGCUUUGGCGACCGCAGAUAAUACUCUUGGUGCUGCGAUUCUUCUCGGAGUAUAUGAACUGACAUCUUCAACUGGACAAGAGUCAUGGAUGUUACAUUCACGGGGUAUCUCGAAUCUUUAUCAGAUACGUGGGCCCCAGGCUCAUGCUGACGGUCUUGGUCGGACGCUUCUCUUAUCAUUCCGGGGGUUUCUUGUGUAUGAAGCGCUGACCCGUGGCGAGAAGUGCUUCCUAGAGGGUGAGGAAUGGAGAUCAAUAAUUCCCGACAUGAUCAACGAGGAAAGACGGCGAGGCAAAUUUUCUCGACUCGGAGAGUUGAUCGAAUAUUCCUUUCAUGAAAUAGCUCGCUGUCCAGGCUUUCUUGCAUCAGCAAGGGCCCUGAUCGCAUCUGCGGACACGACUGACUGUGAAAGAGAGGAUCUGAUGACUUCAGUAUCACAUUGUCAGGGAGUACUCCUCGAACAUUACUCCGAACUUAUUGCUGGCUUAAAUGCUAGUCGGUGGCCUACAACCAUACAGACACGAGAAUUCUUUGGUCCUAUUCCUUUUCAGGUUCGCGAAGCGCUAGCGGAGUUCUCUCUACAGGGAAUAACUUCAGCUAUACAAAUACUGCAGCAAUUGCUCGUUAAGUUGCGGUCUAAUGAUCCACGUCGGAUUGAAAUGUUUGAUCCAAACAAUCAACAGAAAGAAGCCCGAUGGGAAAAUCUCGACUAUCCCCCAGGCUUGAACCUCACUAGUGGAAGGAGACACCUUCAACUUCCUAGAGCGACAGAAUGUGAGACUCCAUAUACCUGGCCUGACCAACUCUCCAUGUCGAUGGGUAUGCCAAUAGACACGCUCUGA